AUGCAGCCAGACUCUCCUCUUUCGAUCAAAGACGCCAACGGCAGGCACAUCAGUCUUUUGAACAAUAACAACAACAACAAUGGAACCACGCUCACAGCACGAUCCACUUCGAUUGCUCGCCGCAAAUAUCGUUGUUCGGCACCUGGAUGUGACAAAAGCUUUACCACAAGUGGUCAUUUGGCACGCCACAAUCGAAUCCACACAGGAGAAAAGAAUUUCCAUUGCUUGUAUCCCGGUUGUCCUUCACGCUUUUCUCGCCAAGAUAACAUGAUGCAACAUUACCGCACACAUCUUUCCCCCAGGUCAAGACGCAAUAAUCACCAACAAUGGAUGUUGCUACGCAACCAUCCCUAUAGUUACCAACGACAUGCACCACCACCACCACAACAACAACAACAUGCUCCUCCACUUUGUACUCUUCCUCGUGACAUGUCGUUAGUACGCAACCAUCGUCAUACGCAUGAUCAUCAUCCAACAUCUUCAUCUGUAUUGUUGCCUCAGCUUCGCAUUGACAUGUCGGCUAGGCAGCUGGAUCUGUCAGCUUUUAGCAAGCCCCAACCUCUUGAACCAUCCUCCACAUCUCCUCCACCUACUGGUCCUCUUUCACCAGCUUCAUCCUUGUCAUCGGAUGCAUCAUCACCUACCGCUACACUUCCUUCACCAAGCAUCAUGAUGGAACGUGCUUCUGCCGGUAUUUUCCAAUUUGUCAGCACUGUGGGCUGA